UCGUGACCUUUUAGUUGCGGGAAAUUUGCAAGUUUCGCGCGAGACGUGUUGUAAACAAGAACAAAAUCCGGAAUCAGCAUCAAUUUUUUGCCAUCAAAAUGAGUUUAUGGGUGGAUAAACACAGGCCAACGGCAUUAUCUAAGUUGGAUUAUCACAAGGAGCAAGCAUCAAAUCUGAAAAAAUUGGUGCAAUCGGGUGAUUUCCCUCAUCUGAUGGUGUAUGGACCGUCAGGUGCGGGAAAGAAGACGAGGAUCAUGUGCGCCCUCAAGGAGCUAUAUGGGUCAGGGGUCGAGAAGCUGCGGAUUGAACAUCAGACGUUCACGACACCGUCUAAAGCAAAAAUUGAAAUCACCACAAUUGCGAGCAACUACCAUAUUGAAGUCAACCCAAGUGAUGCUGGGAUCUAUGAUCGUAUCGUGAUUCAAGAUUUGAUCAAGAAUACAGCUCAAUUUCAGCAGAUGGAGACAUCUGCACAAAGGGAUUUCAAAGUUGUGGUGUUGACGGAAGUGGACCGCCUAACCAAGGAUGCCCAGCAUGCUUUGCGCAGGACCAUGGAGAAGUACACAGCGACCUGUCGUCUUAUCCUAUGCUGUAACUCUACCAGUAAAGUCAUUCCUGCUAUACGAAGUAGAUGUCUAGGGGUCAGGGUUGCAGCACCUUCUAUAGCAGAGAUCACACAAAUCCUCCAAAAUGUGUGCAAGAAGGAAGGUUUGAAUCUUCCAUCCGAGCUAGCCAAGAGGAUUGCUGAAAAGUCAGAAAGGAACCUCAGGAAAGCCAUCUUGUCAUGUGAAGCAUGCAAAGUACAACAGUAUCCAUUCAGUGCUGACCAGGACAUCCCUGAGGCUGAUUGGGAGGUGUUCCUCAGAGACACGGCCAACCAUAUCAUCCAGCAACAGAGCCCUCGGCAACUGCUAGAGGUCAGGGGUCGUAUGUAUGAACUCUUGACCCACUGCAUCCCGGCCGAUGUCAUCCUCAAGGGCCUUCUUCGAGAGCUGCUCAAGAACUGUGAUGGUCAACUAAAGACACAGGUAACCCACCAGGCUGCUUUCUACGAGCAUCGCAUGCAGCAGGGCAACAAGGCCAUCUAUCAUCUGGAAGCAUUCGUUGCCAAGUUUAUGAGCAUCUACAAGAGGUUCCUUGAAGAGGGCUUUGAAGCCAUGAUGUUUUGAAUGGAAUGAGACGAUAAAUGUUACUCGAUUCCUCCUUCCUGCUUUGACCAUACAACAAAGCGAGUAUGUGGGAUCGAAAUUAGAAUAUGAUCCACGAUCUGCUUUCACAAUGCAUGAAAGAGAAUGUGUGGGACUUAAGUUAUAGAUUGUAUUCCCGUCACCAUUGCGACUAUAAAUUGGAUGGAUUGUAUAGGACUGGUGUACUAAACUAUAGCUACCAUUUCACCUACUUUUGACUAGACAUGGAAAAAAAAAAUAUGGGGACUUACACUUUUAAUCACCUUGCUAUGGUUAAGGUGUGGAAAGAAGGAGUAUAGUUUACUAAUAUUCUAAAUCUGAUCUACACCUUCCCUCUUCUAAAGGACCAGGGAUAGAAAAAGAACAAAUGGGAUUGGAGUUCUACAUUAUACAUCUAUAUCUGACCUAAUUCUUCACCCUGAUGUGACAGCAUGGAAUUGAGUGUAUGGGACUGACAUUUUAAAUGUGAAAGAAGUGUACGAGACUUGUAUGUUAAAUCAUAUCAAGUACUUACUGUGCAACUCCCCUCCCCCUUCUUAUGACUAAGAUUGUAAAGUUCAAAGUGCCUCAGUUUGGGGUCGAACCCUGCAUCAUGGGCAAUUAUACCUUACCUUAUGUGUCAAUAAAGAGAACUAUUUCUGUUCAUUUUGUGCUCAUAAACCUUUCAGGCAAAUAUUUAGAAAUUCAUAGGACAUUCACAGUUAUUGCAUGGGCAUUGUGAAGUCAGUUUGUCUAUCACGUUUGUUUUGGUAAUACAAAUUACAAAAACAAAGAGAAUGGAGAGAUAUGUCAACCAUAAAACAAAUUCCUCGAGCAUCAACACGUCCAUGGUCCCAUGUUUUUAGGUUAUCCAUCUAUUUCUCCAUCCAUUGUUUACCAUAUGACUUACAAUCUUCAAAGUAUGCUCAACUAUGCAUAUGGCAAAUAUCUUGAAAAAACCUUUCUCCUUUCACAUGUAUGUAAUUUUUGUUAAUAAAACCUUGUACAGGCGA